GCUAUCGUAGGGAAAACGGUCUUCUGAUUCUCUCCGUCAUUCUGGACUCGCGAGUCACCGGGUCGAUUGACAAUCCAAGCAGAGGAGAGAGAAAGAUAGGGGGGGAGAGAAAGAGACUGUGGCCAUGGCGGAUCAACAAGACUUGCCUGAGGGAACGGUGCAGAACUUAUUGGAUCAAGAGUCUCUGAAGUGGGUCUUCGUUGGGGGCAAAGGCGGUGUUGGGAAGACCACAUGCAGUUCCAUUCUUUCGAUCCUUCUCUCCAGGGUUCGAAGCUCUGUUCUAAUCAUCUCCACCGACCCCGCUCACAAUCUCAGUGAUGCUUUUCAGCAACGCUUCACUAAGACCCCCACUUUGGUUAAUGGCUUUACAAAUCUUUAUGCCAUGGAGGUGGAUCCUACUGUUGAACGUGAAGAUAUCAGUGGUACCGAUGGAAUGGAUAGUAUGUUUUCAGAACUAGCUGGUGCUAUACCUGGGAUUGAUGAGGCAAUGAGCUUUGCUGAGAUGCUGAAAUUGGUGCAAACAAUGGAUUAUUCUAUUAUAGUAUUUGAUACUGCUCCAACUGGUCAUACACUCAGACUUCUGCAAUUUCCAUCAAUUUUAGAGAAGGGUCUUGCAAAAGUGAUGUCUUUGAAAAAUAAAUUCGGUGGUUUGUUUAAUCAGAUGUCAAGUAUGUUUGGCAUGGGUGAUGAUUUUGGUGAGGAUGCAUUACUUGGGAGGCUUGAAGGCAUGAAAGAUGUAAUUGAAAGAGUUAACAUGCAAUUCAAGGAUCCAGACAUGACUACUUUUGUCUGUGUCUGCAUUCCGGAGUUCCUCUCUCUAUAUGAAACAGAGAGAUUGGUUCAGGAACUGACAAAAUUUGAGAUUGACACGCAUAAUAUCAUCAUCAAUCAAGUUCUCUAUGAUGAUGAAGAUGUCGAAUCCAAGUUACUUAAAGCAAGAAUGAAAAUGCAACAGAAGUACCUAGACCAGUUUUACAUGCUGUAUGAUGACUUCAACAUUACCAAGCUGCCAUUGCUCCCAGAAGAGGUUACUGGGGUUGAAGCUCUGAAAGCAUUUUCAUCCCAUUUCUUGACACCAUAUCAACCUGCAUCAAGUGGAGACCCAGUAGAACGGCUAGAGCGCAGAAUAUCAACAUUGAGGCAGCAGUUAAAUGAGGCUGAAGCAGAACUGGAGAGACUCAAAGCUAGCUGAUUGUGCUUUGGUCGAUAUUGCCAUUUUUGGUUCCCAUUUUUUCCAAUUUAUUAUCAGAUAAAGCAUAUAUUCUGGAUUGGGCUGCCAAUGUAAGGUUAAUCCUCUUUUUUGCCUCUUUAUUUUAAAUCGGGUUCCCUCUCCACAAAAGAAAAAAGAAAAGGAGCAAGUCCAAAUGGAAAAUGUUGAGGUUAGCCUAAUUUGUUUUUUUGUUUUGGGGAGUAUUCGUAGUUUCGUGACCUUGUAAUUUCCAGAUUACAAUGAAUGGGAUAACUUGCUUUUUCCAAGAUGGUAGAACACAUCUUAAUAUGCUAAUUGAGGAUUUAUUCUUAGAUACUCCCAAGUCUAUUAUGAAUAAGCAUAAUGUAUGCUUGCUUGGUAAAUCCACGACUCUGUUCUAUUUAUCUCCUGUAAGUUGAAUCUACGUGAGAGUUUCUGAUU